AUGAGUGAUUUGCGGCUGCUGUUUGACCUACCCAGAGAAGAGGCCUACAGGAAAAACCAUAACAAGAAAUGGUCAAUCUUCUGGAUGAGUUUUAUACCAAUGAUUCAGGCCACCCACCCCGACAGUGCUAAAGCCGUACUGAAACUGUCUGAUCCAAAACCAACGGGGCGAGGACAGUUCUAUAACGUUUUGAUUGAUUUUAUAGGCGACGGUUUGGUGACCAGCAAUGGGAAGAAAUGGGAAAGAAACCGGAAGUUACUUACUCCAGCGUUCCAUUUCGAUAUGUUGCGUCAAUACGUUAGGAUUUACAACGAAGCCGCCGACAUUGUACUGGACAAGUUUGCCACAAUGAUGAAGGAAAGUCCUAAAAGUAUUGAUAUCACCGACGUUCUAAACCUCGCCACGCUGGACGUCAUCCUCAGGUGUGCUUUGUCGUACGAGGAUAACAUACAGAGGCAAGAGAAACACCCUUAUGCCAUGGCGGUACAGAGGAUCGGGUCUCUUAUUAUGAGAAGAAUGAAGUACCCCUGGCAGUUCCUGUCCUGGACACUCUAUAUGAUGUCCGCUGACGGGAAAGAAUACAAACGACAUCUGGAUUUCGUCCAUGGAUUUGCCGACGAUCUGAUAACAAAACGAAAGAAAGCUUUGGCAGAAGAUCCGUCAUUGUUGGAAAGAAAGCAGAGACUUGAUUUCCUGGACAUCCUAAUGACAGCUAAAGACGAGUCCGGAGUCGGAUUGACGGACCAGGAAAUCCAGGACGAGGUGGACACUUUCCUGUUUGCUGGACACGAUACCACCUUCACGGCACUGAGGUGGGCACUGUAUAACUUUGGGAAGUACCCGGAUGAGCAAGACAAAGUUUACCGGGAGGUGUGUGACGUCACGGGAGACCGGAAGUACACAGAAUGGGAGGACCUGGGAAAGUUACAGAAGCUGACCAUGUUUAUGAAGGAGAGUAUGAGGCUGUACCCCCCGGUGACUUCCAGCACCAGACUCCUCAAACAACCACUGGAAUUGGACGGAGUCUCCCUCCCGGCCGGGACUUCUGUCAGUGUAUCAAUGAUAGGUGUGCACUACCAUCCAGAUGUCUACCCGGACUUCAAUGUAUUUCGACCUGAACGUUUUCUUCCCGAGAAUUCCGAGGACAGGGACCCUUACGCUUUCAUUCCGUUUUCUGCCGGUCUCAGGAACUGUAUUGGACAAACAUUUUCCAUGAACGAACAGAAAGUGAUGUUAUCCAGAAUACUUAAACGUUUCAAGGUCGUGUUGGACGAGGAUCAUGAAGUUAUUCCGGUACCCGAGUUGACACUCCGACCAAAGACUGGCAUCAAAAUUCGAUUUGAGGAGAGAGACAAUAAUCAGAAUAACAUCCGAGGAGAGAUCGAGAAAGAGUGA